AUGAUAAGCUUGUCUGAAAUUAAAGAACUAGCCUCAAGAUGUGAUAUUUAUUUAGAAACAUUUAUUGAGGAACAAAGCAAUAAGAACUUUAAUUAAUAGGUAAAAGCUAAAUAAGAAAUAUUAAUUUAAAUUAUAAAUAAUGAAGAAUAAACAUAAAAUUUUAAUAAAAAUAUAUAAAAUGAAUCUAUUAAUUAAAAUAAAUUGGAUUAAAAUAUUACUAAUAUAGAUAUAAAAUUAAACACAAAAAAAUUAUGUAGUUAAAGAGAUAAUACUAAUAAGAAAAAUAUAAUUCUUUAAUUUUCUAUUAUAUCAAUCUUAUCUAUUUCUUACUUUAUUAUUUCUUUAAUUUUAUAAAUAAAUUUUUUACAAAAUAAAUAAAACAUAUUAAAUAACUUGAAAUUAAACUGUUAAAGAAAUAGUAUUUUAAAAUAUAAUUUUUUGUAUACUUAUGAAGAAAUUAUUAAUGAUAAAUAAGAAUUUGUAAAUAUUAUAUAAUAAUUUACUGCUUUAAUUUAUACGAAUGAAAAAUAAAUAUUCGAUAGUUAUAUGAAAUCAUAUCCUACAAAAUUUGAUUAAUUCAAUGAAAUGUUUAAAAAUGGAAACUUUGAUAAUGUUUGUAUUUUAUUUAAAGAAGUUGAAAACUUAACUUUAUAAUAAUGUGAAUAAUUAAAUGAUAAAAUAUUAUAAAGUGGGUUAAAAUUAGCAAUAGUAUCAUAUACCGAAGGUAUUUAAAUAAAUAUUUUUUUUUUUAAAAAAAAAAUAAAAAUUAAAAAAGAUAUAAGAUAGUUUUAUAAUAAUUUUUCGAUAUAAAGAAAAUAAAAAUCUAAACUAGAAAUUUUUGAAGAAAAAAAUACAUGGAUUAAUUUAGAGAAACUACAAAGAUUUCUAAUAAAUUUUAUAGAAUAAUUAAAUAUUAAAUUAUUGGAAAGUAUUUAAUCUUAUUUAGAUGAUGAAAGUUAUAUUGAAGAAAUCAAAUUUAGUAUUUUCAUUUUUUUUUUAGCUAUUAUUUUACUUUUAUUUUGGUUACCUUACUGUAUUAACUUAACAAAAAAAAUAUGGAGUACUAAAACAAUGCUAAAUAUGAUUCCUAUUGAAAUUAUUUUUAAGGAUAAAAAUAUUAAAUAAUAUUUUAUUAAUGGUGGAAUUCUUUAAGCAGUAAAAUGA